UCUUAGAUUCUUUGCUCUCCGCCUCCUUAUGUGAUGGAUUAAGAUUCAAAAUCACCUGGUGGUGAGUUCAGGCAUCCUCUUGCCUCACAAAUCAAUGUGCACCAUGCGUGGAUUUUUAUCUGUUUUUUUUGUGCAGCUGCUAUUUUUGUUCCCUUUUUUGUCCCCAAAUUCUGCUCCUCUUAACUUUCUUGUCAUGAUCUCUUUUAUUCCAAUUCUCUCAAGCCAGUUACUCUACUUUGUUCAUUCUUUCAAAUUUUAAUAAUAUCGCAAUGAUUUGUUUAUUUAACCUGGGGUUUGUUUUAUUUUACUUUUCACUCUCAAUCCCUCGCAGAGACCUUCCCUCCUGCUUCAACAUUCUAUAAGUUUUCAAAUGCGAUGGGUUAAGCAGAAAAGUAUAAUGCGAUUCCUCUUUCUUUUUAAAGAUGCUCUUAAGUUAAUUUUAUCCUGGGUGCAGAAAUGGCCAAUUGUAAGCUCCGGUGAAGAUGUAGGAAAUGCACCAACAACACAAAAUUUGGGAGAUCAAAGAGAAGCGAGGGGCGGAAGAGCGCCAUUGCAGCUCGGAGUUAGGGAAGGUAUUUAAUGCCGUGGAGCAGGGAAUCUAAACCUCGAGAGCCAGGAGAGAAUCCGCACACACUGCACUAUGGCUUUGUCUUGCAGAAGCUGGCUCUCGAACGAGGGUGGAAAGCAUCUGUUUUUGCUUUUCUGGUUGUCGAUCAACGUGUUAUUAUUUUGGAAAACCUUUACGCUUUAUUACUACGGUGCACAGUAUUAUUACUUACAUCGGAUGCUUGGGCUCAAAGUUUUGGAAGCAGGGGAACAAUAUUUAAGCAAUAAUGGAUCAUGCUGGAGAAUAUGUAGAGAGACAGGAUGGUUACAGCUAGGAUUAUGCAUUAGUAGAGCAUCUGCUUCAGUCCUGAAUAUGAAUUGCAGUCUUGUCCUGCUGCCCAUGUGUCGCACUUUACUGGCAUUUCUGCGAGGAUCACAGAAGGUUACAAGCAGAAAAGCACGAAGAUUGUUGGAUAAGAGUAAAACGUUUCAUAUAACAUGUGGUUUUACUAUAUGUCUAUUUUCAGUAAUCCAUGUUGCAGCUCAUGUGGUCAACGCUCUAAACUUCUCUCUGCGCUACAGUGAGGAUUUUCCCACACUCAAUGUUGCUCACUAUCGGGAUGAGGACCCCAGGAAGAUUCUCUUCACAACACUUCCAGGAGUAACUGGAUUUUUCAUGGUGCUGGUGCUUUUCUUAAUGUGCACAUCUUCAUCAUACUCUCUAAGGUUUUCAAACUUUGAUAUCUUUUGGUACACACACAACCUGUUCAUAGUCUUCUACAUUUUACUUCUGCUUCAUGUGACUGGAGGCAUGUUGAAAUAUCAGACAAAUUUGGAUCAACACCCACCUGGCUGCAUUGACCCGAAUAAAACAUUAAUCGAUGAUUUCCCCAUACCAGAGUAUCCUGCAGAGCCAAUUCCAGAAGGCUAUGCUGAGCCAGAAUCUGGGAUGGAGAGCAACUCUGAGAGAGUCUGCACUGAAGCCCCAAAAUUUCAGUCUAAUUCACAAGAGACAUGGCUUUGGGUGUCUGGGCCUCUCUGUCUUUAUUGUGCAGAAAGGUUGUAUAGAUACAUUCGGAGCAACAAACCGGUCACCAUUGUCUCUGUGAACUCUCAUCCCUGUGAUGUGAUAGAGAUAAGAAUGGUGAAAGAAAAUUUCAAAGCAAGACCUGGUCAGUACAUUGUUCUGCACUGUCCGAGUGUGUCAGCAUUUGAGAGCCAUCCCUUUACUCUCACAACAAUCCCCACAGAAAAUCGAGGAACAUUUGGUAUCCACCUCCGUGUUCUGGGAGAUUGGACAGAAAGAUUUAGGGAGCGUCUGCUAUCUGAACCAAAUUUGGAUGCAGAGAUCCUGCCCAUACUGCGGCAGAGAAAUUACCCAAAGUUAUACAUUGAUGGUCCAUUUGGGAGCCCGUCAGAGGAAGUCUUCAACUAUGAGGUUAGCCUUUGUGUGGCCGGUGGUAUUGGAGUGACCCCUUUUGCUUCAGUACUAAACACACUAUUAGAUGAUUGGAAACGAUAUAAGCUCAGGCGACUUUACUUCAUUUGGGUGUGCAAGGAAAUUCAAUCCUUUCUCUGGUUUGCAGAUCUGCUCUGUAUUUUACAUGACAAGCUUUGGCAGGAGAACCGACCAGACUACUUGAACAUCCAGCUGUACCUCAGUCGAACAAAUGGGAUACAGAAUUUAAAUGGAGAAAAAUAUCAAGCACUGAAUUCAAGGCUUAUUAUUGGAAAACCUCGUUUGAAACUUCUGUUUGGAGAAAUAGCCAAAUGCAAUAGACAAAAAUGUGUUGGCGUUUUUUGCUGUGGGCCCAAUGACCUCUCCAAGGAACUUCACAAGCUCAGCAACAAAACCUGUUCACAUGGAACAAAAUUUGAGUACAACAAAGAAUCUUUCUCCUGAAAAUCACUAAAGAAAAGAUUCAGCACAAAAACUUGAAGUGCAAUUAUUUUGCUGAUAUGAUAGUCAGCAAGAUCAGCCUUAGACAAUCUCCAGUCACCAAAGAGAGAACCAUAUUGAAUUAAUGCUAAUUCAGUAGUUGGUGUGGCACAGGUACAAAGUUAUAUAUUGGGAUGUCAAUGUCAGUUCACCAAUUGGUAUUUUUUUCCUUGAAUAGUUGAAAGCUGAAUAUUUUGAUUCUAUUAUAACAAUUUUAUGGAAGGUUGGGAUUGUUAUUGCAAUUUUAUUAAAUCAAUUUCU